ACCUCAGACGUAGCUCAGGUAACCAGUUUCAUUAGGAAGGGCGUUCACGUAGCCAAGCAGCUCUUGUGAAUAUUUCAGUGCGUGACCUCCGAAAACCGACUUAUUUUCUAGUGAAACGUCUUUAUCACAUUUCCUCUUUUUUGGACUUUUUUUUUAGCCGCCAUGUUCUUCGUUUUUGUGCUUCUUUGCUCUCAAGCAGCAGGCCUCCAUGCCUUUACUGCCAGCACGACUACGCCGAAUGUUGCGGUCAAAGAGAACAAUGGAGCCGAUUUGAAAUGCGAAUUCUCCGCCGAUUUUGGUACAGCACCUCGAGUGGAAUGGAAAUUUAGAAACUUGAAAGGCUCACAGUCCUUCAUCUACUUUGAUGGCCAGAUUACAGAUAAGUUUAAAGGAUCUAUGACUCAGUACCCAGGUGGCUUAAGGAUCCAGAAAGCAACGAGAGAGAACACUGGAGAUUAUUACUGUGAGGUGUCUGGUAAGGAUGGCUACGCAGAAGUUAUGGUUAAACUAACAGUGCAAGUUCCUCCUUCUGUGCCGAUAAGCGAGAUCCCCACCUCAGCCACGACAGGCAGGGGAGUCCUAAUGACUUGUUCUGAUAAGGAUGGCUCUCCUCCCUCCACCUAUAAAUGGUACAAAAAUGGCACCCCGAUGCCUGAAGACCCCAGCAAGUUCCCCAACUUUAAGAACUUGACAUACAAACUGAACCCUCAGAACGGCAACCUGGAGUUUCCCAGUGUGAGUAAGGUAGACAGUGGGAGUUAUUUCUGCGAAGCUUCCAACGGACAGGGGGCUCCUCAGCGUGGUCCAGCCAUGACCAUGGAUGUUCGUGAUCUGAACGCAGGAGGUAUUGCGGCCGGCGUUAUUGUAGCACUGCUUGCUAUCGCGUUGCUUUGUUUCGGCCUGUGGUACGCCAAGAAGAAGGGAUAUCUGCCCAAAAUGUCUGAUAGCAAGACCAAAACAGCAGUGUAUACACAGCCUUCACAGGACUAUCGUGACGUGGAUGAUGGGGAGUUCAGACAGAAGCAGUCCUUUGUGGUGUAGCCUCGGAUUGCACUAAACAUUUUUUUUCUUUCUGUAAGACUUUUCUGUCAGCUCCAGCUCUGGGAUGUGUUUUUCUCAGUUUGUGUGAAUUAACGACUGCUUCUUGUCAUUCUGAACUCUUUGCCUCAACUCUAAGGUAGCUGUGUGCUUUUGAACCGUCCACUGAACCAUCUUAUUGCACUUUACCAAAUGAUGUCAUGGACCGACAAUAAGAUCACUUUUCAAGUUUAUUUUUCCUGGAAUAAUACAGAAUUAAAAAUGACAAUCCUGGAUUUUCAAAAUGCAACAGUCGAAAAGAAUGAGCUUCUUUUCUAUUUUGUUGAAAUAUACAGUUUCAUUUUUUUUUCUUUUUUCUUUUUUUUCAUUUUGUACCUUUUUUUUUUUUUGAGGAAAAACCUUUUCCUUUCAUGAGACAUGGUUGUUUUAACAUAACAAAGUCUUUGACAUUGUACAGGUGUAUGUGGGUGAGAACAUGUAUAAUCUCUUUCAAGCUUAAUUUGACUUACCUGGUAUAUUUAAAAUGAGACACAAGGUAGUCAACUGCAAUUCUACAAUCUUAUUUAUGUGAAGGAACAUGAUCUAUACUGUUUACUUGGAUGAUUUUUUUUUCAGUUGAACUUAUUUAAAAAAAAAAAAAAAAAACAAAAAAAAAAAACAUGUAAAUGCAUUUAGUCUUUUUAGAUUUUGUGGUUUUAUUUGAGCCACACAAUAAAAAAACAAGCUCAUGUAACCAGAAUUUGGUGGCAUAGCAGAAUUAUCAUCCUUUAAGCUUUAAACUCUGUCAUGCUCUGAUGAUAUCUCAUGUGCACAAGUUUUAUCCAAAGUACAAAAAAAAAAAGCCUGUGAAACUUGGUUAUAUUAGUCAUUGUGUGUGUUUGGUUUUUUUAAAUAAAUGCUUUUAUUAAUACA